AUGGAACCAAGAAACCAAACCAGUGCAUUUGAAUUCAUCCUGUUGGGGCUUUCAGAAUAUCCAGAACAGGAGACUCUCCUCUUUGCUCUGUUCCUCUGCAUGUAUGUGGUCAUGGCUAUGGGAAAUCUCUUGAUCAUCCUCGCCAUCAGCUCAGAUUCUCACCUCCACACCCCCAUGUACUUCUUCUUAGCCAACCUGUCCUUGGUUGAUUUUGGCCUGGCCACCAACACUGUCCCCAAGAUGCUGGUGAACAUCCAAAUGAAAAGCAAGUCAAUCUCCUAUCAGUGUUGCCUAACCCAGAUGUACUUUUUCCAUUUUUUUGGCAUCAUUGACAGCGUCUUAAUUGCUGUGAUGGCUUAUGACAGGUAUGUGGCUAUAUGCCACCCCUUACACUAUACAACCAUCAUGAGCCCACGCCUCUGUGGCCUGCUGGCUGGUGGCCCAUGGGUGUUUUCCUACUUUAUCUCCCUCACUCACAUCCUCCUGAUGGUGCGCUUGGUUUUCUGUGGUAGCAACAAGAUUCCUCACUACUUCUGUGACCUCACUCCCCUUCUCAGGCUUUCUUGUACUGACACGUCUGUAAACAAGAUCUUUGUGCUCAUUGUGGCAGGAUUGGUGAUAGCCACACCUUUCAUCUGCAUCCUGGCCUCCUAUGUUCGCAUCAUCGUGGCCAUAAUAAAGGUCCCCUCUGCAGGUGGCAGGAAGAAAGCCUUUUCCACCUGCAGCUCCCACCUAUCUGUGGUCGCCCUCCUCUAUGGGACCACCAUUGGGGUUUAUCUGUGUCCUUCAUCUGUCCGCACAGCCGUGAAGGAAAAAGCCUCUGCUAUAAUGUAG